AUGGCGUCCUCCCGCGUCCAUUGGCGGAUUCACCGUACGGGCACCCUGGGCACGUGCCCGGGCUCGAUCCCGUCGGUGUUCUCAACUAUAGCGAUCUUUCCUAGCCAUUGCAUGCCUAAAAACGCUCAGAAACACGAAAAAACGAUGGAAAAUACAUUUUUUGUUGACACUAGAAGAAAUUCACAAGUGGAACCGCCACAAGACCCACAACCAAGUGAUGUUCAUGAACAUGGUGACGACGUGAUAGAUGAGUUUAAUCCGGCUGAAAUUGUGUGUGAUCCCGCUCAUAGGCAACAAAUUGCUGAUUAUCAUCCGAAUAUUCAAGAUCAGGUGAGAAGAGCAUACAUAUUGAAGGGUCCAACCCGACCAACUGUCAAAUUUGAUCGCAAAAAAAUUGGUAGCAAGAACCGUGCAUUUUCUAAAAAUUGGUAUAAGAAUUAUGAUUGGUUAGAAUAUAGUGUGUCCGAGCAAGCUGCAUUUUGUUUCUAUUGCUUUCUUUUUAAGCAACCAGGAAGUAGUACACAUUUUGGUUAUGAUGUCUUCACCAAAAAAGGAUUCAGGGAUUGGAAGCAUGCAUAUCAGGCAUUGCCUGCUCAUGUUGGUGGGGUAAAUAGUGCGCACAACAAGGCAAGAUUGCAUUAUGAUGAUUUUCGUAAUCAAAGGCAAAGCGUGUCUAGUAACUUUGCUAGGUCAACCAAGGAGUCUGAAGUACUUUACAAAAUUCGGUUGCACACUUCUCUGGGUUAUGCAAGAUAUCUCAUUGCUCAAGGCCUGGCUUUUCGUGGCCAUGAUGAAAGUUCAACUUCACUGAACAAGGGUAACUUCCGUGAGAUGGUAGAUUGGCAUAAAGCUAGAGAUGAGAAAGUGAGGCAUGCUUUUGACCAUGGUAGUAGAAACUGCAAGAUGCUUGCUGCUGAAAUUCAAAAAGAUCUUGCAAAGUGUUGCGCAGAAGAGGUCACCAAAGCAAUCAUGAGAGAAAUUGGUGAUAAGAAAUUCUCUGUGCUUAUCGAUGAGUCACGUGAUAUAUCUGUCAAAGAGCAAAUGGCAGUGAUGUUGAGGUAUGUCAAUGAUAAAGGGAAGGCCGUGGAACAAUUUCUCUCUCUGUACCAUGUCAGUGAGACUACAUCAGAGGCACUAAAGGUAGCUCUUGUUGACAUUCUUGAUCAUCAUAAGUUAUCCAUUCAUAGUCUACGAGGGCAAGGAUAUGAUGGAGCUUCAAAUAUGAGAGGUGAAUUUAAUGGUUUGCAAAAGAAAAUUCUUGACGAGAACCCUUAUGCCUUUUAUGUGCAUUGCUUUGCACAUCAUUUACAAUUGGUGGUUGUCUCGGUCGCUAGUUGUUGCUCCUCUACUCAUGAUUUGUUUGAAUAUGUCUCCUUAAUUGUGAGCACAACUACUGUAUCUUGCAAGAGAAGGGAUUCACUGAGGGAGGAACGUCAUCAAAAUAUCUUAGAUCAGCUUGAGAGCGGUGAGAUAUUUAGUGGAAGAGGUUUGAACCAAGAAACAAAUUUAGCAAGACCCGGGGAUACUAGAUGGGGUUCACACCAUACAACUUUGCUUCGUUUGAGUCAAACGUGGAAGUCGGUCAUAUAUGUGCUUCGUGAGGUCAAUGAUGAAGGGCGCGGACCGUCUCAAGCGGCGGGUUUGAUAGAGAUAAUGGAGAGUUUCAAAUUUGCUUUCGUAUUGCAUCUUAUGAUAAAGUUGCUUGCUAUCACAAAUGAACUCUCACAAGUCUUGCAGAGAAAAGAUAUAAACAUUGUUAAUGCCAUUGAACUAGUUGGUGAUGUCAAAGCUCGGUUGGCCUCUAUGAGAGAAAGUGGUUGGGAAAGCUUGUUCGAUGAAGUCCAACACUUUUGUGUCACCAAAGGUAUUCCGGUGCCUGAUAUGAAUGAAAGAAUACCGGUCCGAGGUCGUUCAAGGCUUGAUGGUGUGACUUACACCAAUCUUCAUUUCUAUCGAGUUGAGAUCUUCUAUGUUGCCAUUGACAAGAUAUGCACUGAGAUGAAUCAUCGCUUUAAUGAAGCAUCUUCAAAUAUAAUAGUGGCCUUCUCAUGCCUUCAUCCAAAAAAUUCCUUCUCCAAGUUUGAUGUUGACAAGCUUGCUAGCUUAACUGAAGUUUAUCAUGGAGAUUUCUCUAGUGGUGAUCGUGCAAUCAUAAGAGACGAACUUCAGACUUACAUUCUUCAUGUACGAAGGCAUGAGGCCUUUUCUUCUUGUAAAGAUAUUGAAAGUUUAGCUACAACGAUGGUUGAAACUGAGAAACAUUUGGUUUUCCCACUGGUGUACAGAAUCAUAGAGUUGGCUUUGUUAUUGCCAGUCUCAACGGCAUCGGUCGAAAGAGCUUUCUCGGCAAUGAAGAUUAUCAAAUCUAAAUUGCGCAGCAAGAUGAAUGAUACAUGGUUUAAUGACUUGAUGAUUUGCUACACCGAGCGAGAUAUUUUUAAAGGACUUGAUGAUGAUGCUAUUAUUAAACGGUUUCAAGCCAUGAAGUAUCGGAAAGGGCAAUUGCCCAGGUCCAAUUAG